AUGUUUCUUGGAAUUUUGCCUGUCAAUCGCUUUAUUUGCCGUGAAGAUACAAGCUCUUCAGAUACUCUGGUCAAAGACAUCACCGGCUCCCCUCCCGUCGCUGCGGUCGGUCUUCCUUCUCCUCGCCGCCGUUGCCACUGCUUCUUCCACCCUCGCCGGCGUCAGACCUUCUUUCUCCUUGCGAACAUCCUUUUCUUCCUUCCCGUCGCUGGCAUCCUGAACUUGUUUGAAGCUAAUAAACCAGGAAGCCUUAUCAACAACUACGUGACUCAGUUAAGUUGUAUGUUGUCAAGCAAAGCAACAAAUCUUGUGAGCCUCCAAGCCCGCCUCAGCAGGUUCCAUCAUCACCUCAAGGAGAUUCUCAGCCAUAAGAGGGCUGCCAUACAUGAAGCCAUGGAACAACAAACAAUAUCCAUAACCAAAGCAGGAAUAACAACAAUUCUGAAUUCCAGGACUUCUGUAUUAGCUGCAACAAACCCUCCAUCAGGUCGUUAUGAUGAUCUCAAAACUGCACAAGAUAACAUUGACUUACAGACUACAAUUCUUUCAAGAUUUGACCUCAUCUUCAUUGUCGAAGAUAUAAACAUGUUCAGCCAAGACAAGAUUCUUCUUGUUGUUAGAGCUGAAGCUACUGCUCAAGACACGCAACAUGGAGGUACAACUCUACAUACUGCUGCUAUGACUAAUGAUUUGGAGUUAGUUAAAAAAGGCAUGAAUGAGUUGAAUUGGUUGGACCAUUAA